AUGUCCAUCCGCUCAGAGACCAGAACACGUCCAUCCGCUCAGAGACCAGAACACGUCCAUCCGCUCAGAGACCAGAACACGUCCAUCCGCUCAGAGACCAGAACAUACCCAUCCGCUCAGAGACCAGAACACGUCCAUCCGCUCAGAGACCAGAACACGUCCAUCCGCUCAGAGACCAGAACAUACCCAUCCGCUCAGAGACUAGAACGCGUCCAUCCGCUCAGAGACCAGAACACGUCCAUCCGCUCAGAGACCAGGACAUGUCCAUCCGCCAGAGACCAGAACACGUCCAUCCGCUCAGAGACCAGAACAUGUCCAUCUGCUCAGAGACCACAACAUGUCCCUCCGCUGCGACAUCAGAACAUGUCCAUCCGCUGCGAGACCAAUCCUAUUAAUGCUAUGUUGCGAUAG